UGCUGUAGCGAGUCUCGCCUCCACCCGCGGUGUACCCGUCGGUGUACAUCGGGUUGCGAGUAGAGCGACCACGCUCGGGAUCAUCUCCAGACGUCGAAUAAGCACAACCAUGGCACCCAAGCGGAAACCCUCGCCAACUCCCAGAGCAAUCGGUAACCGACGUCGUCAGAGGCCUGUCCCAAAAAAGGUGAUCGAAUUACCGAACCGACCCAGACAGGCUCCGAUCGUCGAUUACGAUUACUACGAGGACGAGCUGGAGCGCGUCAUCGGGAAGUCUACGUUAAACGGGAAGAUUUACGUUACCGGAACGGGGAGCAUCGGGUGCCUGGACCAGGGGAACUUCCCGCAUCCGACGUCUUGCAACAAAUUCAUCACUUGCGCCAGGAUGGUCAAUGGACGAGUGAUCGGAACCGAGUACACGUGCCCGAAUAAAUUAUCCUUCGACCCCGUUGGUGGGAUCUGCAACUGGUCGGCUGGACUCGGAUGCAAGGAAUGACCGUUCUCCUAUCGGUCCCGAUCUGGCACGAUUUGUGCAAAAAAAAAAUUAAUUCGAGAGAAAAAUCACUAGUAAUGGAUUUCGGAUGAUUUGUGAAACGUCGAGAACAUUUCUGGGGACGAUCAAUCGAUUCCGCGAGGAGACGAGAAUUAGCGUAGCCACGAUUCAUUUCGAACGCGGAACGGUGAUAUUAUCGUGUACAUACAUUCGUUGCGACAUUUUAUUGUAAAUAACGUACUUUAGUCUCAUAGUUGUAACGGCAAAAUAAUUUAUGAACAUCCAGCGAAUCCUUGGAGAAUUUGAAUAAUUCUCAAUGCUGCUAGCAGUUCGUAUUUAUAGGGAUGAACGUUGUAGCUAGGCCUCGUGUCGAUACUUUUGGAACCUUCACUCGGCGAUAGCA